GAGAACGGGUAUAGUUUUUUAUUCUGAUUCUCUUCUUUCCAUUAUACAUCAAAUACUUUCUUUUUCUUUCAACAAUACAAUCUUUGCGAUACCAAUUCUAGACAAGCAUAUAGUUGCUAUGGCAGGCAAAAAAGCAAAGUCCAACUUUACUGGACCCGGAAGAAAGUUAACAUCAGGCGAGGUCAUCGUUAACGACAACGAGGAUUACUAUCCAAGUGAGAGUGAUUCGUCUGCAUCGGAUAUCAAUGAGGAUGAAGUAGUUGUCUCAGAUUGUGAGGACGAAGUCGAUGCGGCUGCGGAUGCUGAUCCCAGCGAGUCAGAGGGAGGCGGGGAAGAGGAAGGGGGAGAUGAAGAAGAGGAGUUUGAGUCUGCAGAAGAGGUGCAACAUGAUGAAGCACUGGGCGAAGAUUACAUCGAAACCAUUGAUGAGGUAACGAAGAAAGUUAAGAGAUCAAAACCCGAAAUGUCAGAAGAGGCGAGAAAACAGAAACAAAAGGAAGGGAUUCUUGGCGAUGAUAGAUAUAAACAAUCAAUGAAGAAUGGUAUGACUCGAGCAGCGCGAGUUAUCAAGGAGCAUGAGGCAAACAUUGGCAGAGCUUUUUCAGCUAUAGAUAUGUCAGAUGUUGGCAAGAAGUCGUUGUCUGCAAAGACAAGAGAGGCGCGAUAUAAGCUAUGUGCGAAUGGGAUGUGGGAAGAUAGUGGCAAAACCACUAAGAAAGGCAAGAAAAUUUUUCGAUUGGUAAAGAACGCAACGAACAAUGCAGCCCUCAAGCCAUGUGGGUGUCGUAUAUGUUUGAAGCGUGCCGAUUUUCGAUCUUAUUCAAAGCCGGAUAAGCCUACAAAAUCGACUCGAAGUGGGUUGAAACGAGGGUUCUUCAAGUAUGGAGAAGGCUACAUUCUAGGAGAGAGUGAUAGAAUGGAUAAGAGAAAAAAAACCAAUGAAACUGAGAAUUGAUCAACGUGGUUGAUUAUAUCUAUUUCAGGGGGUUAUCUGUGGCGAUGGGGUUAUUAUCUGUGGCGAUGGGGUUAUUAUCUGUGGCGGUGGGUUUAUUAUCUGUGGCGAUGGGUUUAUCUUUGGCGAUGGGUUUAUUUGUGACGAUGGAUUUUCAUAUGUUUUAUGCUUUUGCUAUUUGAUAAUUGCCUCGUGGUGAGGAAGGGGGAGAGGGGCUCACUGUCAAAGCUUACCAUAGUCAUACCUCGGAACGAACUUGCGAUAUUGGCAUAGCCGCAUCCUCCUGCAUUCUACAAUAUUGAACUAUCAUCGUAGGUCUCAACUUCAAUCAGUAUAAGAACAGGUGGACAAAAAAUUACAUGGAUAUAGAGACAAUUGUGAGUGACAGACAAGGGAAAGAUCAGAUUUGCACCUGUUCCUGCAGCCCUUCUGCAGAGGACAGGCCACAGCAUAGGACAGACUAAGCCUCCAUGUAUGUAAACUUCCUAUACAUGUGCUGUGUAGCAGUACACAUGUCAUAUCAAUGUGCUCGCCCACAAGAAUUGAAGUCUUUGACUUA